GAGCUGGGACCGGGGCCGGCCGACGUGGCGUGGGCGCAGCCGGGGAUCGUGCAAGUUGGAGAUCUCAGAAAGUUUGCGGAGCGGCUGCGGGGCCGUACCGAGGGAUGCGCUCUGCUCUCCCUGCAACCCCCGACCAAGUCGGGUCUCCCGGCGCUGCCGAACCCGGUUAGCCAUGGGACUGCGAUCUCCUGUCCUCCUGUUGUGUGCCUCUGUCUCCUUGCUGGGAGGACUGACUUUCGGCUAUGAGCUGGCCAUCAUCUCUGGGGCACUGCUGCAGCUGCAGUUGGAUUUUGGGCUCAGCUGCUUUGAGCAGGAGGUCCUGGUGGGGACCCUGCUCCUCGGGGCUCUCCUGGCCUCCUUAGUUGGAGGGUUCCUUAUCGACUGCUACGGGAGGAAGAAAGCCAUCUUACUGAGCAAUCUUGCGUUGCUUGCUGGAAGCCUGAGCCUGAGCCUGGCAGGAUCGCUGCCGUGGCUGGCCGUGGGCCGAGGCACGGUAGGCUUUGCCAUCUCUCUGUCUUCCAUGGCCUGCUGCAUCUACGUCUCAGAACUAGUGGGACCGCGGCACCGGGGGGUGCUGGUGUCCCUGUAUGAAGUGGGCAUCACUGUGGGCAUCCUGUUCUCCUAUGCUCUCAACUAUGUGCUUGCGGACACAGCGCAGGGCUGGCGGCACAUGUUCGGCUGGGCAGCUGCACCAGCCCUUAUGCAGUCCCUCAGCCUCAUGUUCCUCUCCCCCAGUCUGGUGCCGCAAUUCAAGUCUGAAUCGGAGACCCACAAGGGCCUCAUCCCCCUCCGAGGUCUUGAAGAAGCAGAAGAAGCCACAGCUGGUCUCAGCAGGAAGAGAGAAUACUCUUUUUUCAGCCUAUUUAUGGCCAAAGCUAACAUGCGGGGCCGGACGGCUGUGGGCCUGGGCCUGGUGCUUGUCCAGCAGCUCACUGGCCAGCCCAACGUGCUCUGCUAUGCAUCUACCAUAUUCCGCUCUGUGGGGUUUCGAGGGGGCUCUUCCGCCACCCUGGCUUCUGUAGGACUUGGAGGGGUGAAAGUAGCCUCCACCCUAGUGGCUAUGGGACUGGUGGACCGUGCUGGGAGGAGGGUGCUGUUGAUGGCCGGCUGUGCUGUCAUGGCCAUCUCAGUCAGUGGCAUUGGGCUAGUUGGCUUUACUGUGUCAAUGGACCCCAUCCAAGGCUGCCCCACUCCUGCUGGGGCACUCAAUGCCACUUCUGCCUCCAGGCUUCCUGAGUUCCAGGUAGACCCCAGUCUGCCUCCUCUCCAGGACACCAGGGAGAACCCAGGGAGUUCAGGCUUUGCCAGUACAAGAUUGACUUCCCUAAAGAUAGACACAUCUGGUUCCAAAGCCAGAGGGACAGUGACUAAUUCCUCAGGGGCUCAGGCAACUAUUCCUCCAACUUACGAUGUACUGGCAUAUGGCACCAGUAACCUGGUUACUGACUUCUCGACCAGUGAGCACUGGGUCUUAAACUGGAUCGCCUUACUCUGCAUGAUGGCAUUCGUGAGCGCCUUUUCCUUUGGAUUUGGACCAAUAACCUGGCUGGUCCUCAGUGAGAUCUAUCCAGCUGAAAUCCGAGGACGGGCAUUUGCCUUCUGCAAUAGUUUUAACUGGGCUGCCAAUUUGUUGAUCAGUCUCUCCUUCCUUGAUCUGAUUGGAGCGAUUGGCUUGUCCUGGACCUUCCUGCUGUAUGGGCUGAUGGCUGUGAUUGGCCUAGGUUUCAUUUAUUUAUUUGUCCCUGAAACCAAAGGCCAGUCACUAGCAGAGAUAGACCAACAGUUCCAGAGAAGACGGUUCUCUCCUGGGAAACUGAUCAGCAGCCACCUGGGCCAAGGACCUAGCUCAGCUUGGGCUCAAUACAGUCUGUUAGAUACAGCUACUGCCUCCUGAGACACUCCAGCUUCAUGGAAGGAAGGACACAGAUCCGACAUAACUGGCAGAUGGGAUCACUGCAGCCAUUGAAUAUUUUCAUCUUUCUCUGAUAAGAAAUCAUUGUGUCCCACAAUGGAGAGGACUCAAUUUCAGGGUCACGUUAAUACCUUUGUGUGAUAGAAGAGAAAAGGCCUAGUUGUGACUGAUAAUUUCCUCUCCCUACCCCAAAUUCCCUCUCUUCUCGAUGACAAUCAGAAAAUCCUGAAUCUUUGGUCUCAGUUUCAAGCUGACUGGUGGCAGAUGGUGCGAACCAAACUCCCUGAUGUGCUCUGCCUUAACUUCUCCCUUUGGGCUUUUAUAAUAGGGUAUUUAAUGUGAAAUAUAAAAUUAAAAUCAUAGUUCAUAAAAUAUUUCAAUUUUCAAAACUUUUUACUCUCUUUUACUAUGAGAGAGUUAGUUGCAGAAUCUUCCUAUAAUAAUAAAGAAGCACCAACUUGGUAUAUUUGAGUAUUGAGUUGGGAAGGAGUCAGGAAGACUUGAAUUCAGAUUCUGCCUGAGACAUUUACUUGCUAUGUGACUUUUGGUUAAAGUGUUUAA